AUACAACGUUUGGUAUGUGUGAUUGUGUAUGUCGCAUCAGCUAAAAGUUGAGACAAAACAAUCUCAACUCAACUAUCUCAACAAUCACAACUAAAAGUUGAGAUAUAACAAUCACUCAAAAUGAGUGAUAGUUUCUGUCACAUCACAAAACCAAUCCAUGUAUUGUUUCUGCCAAAAAAAACAAAAAAAUGAUGCAUUGUAAACAAUACAUGCAUAAUGACAAUCUCAACAAAACAAUCGCAACUUCCAAACGACCCCUAAGUGAGUUGAAUCUCUUCUCUCUCUCACCCACUCUCUCCUAUCAACCAUACAAAUGAAGACCACUAGGCCCGUUAUCGAUUGUACAUCUAAUGCAGCUAUGCAGGGUUGGAUACUGUCAUACGAGAUUAACAUAACCCAAUACGAUUUUCAAAGGGAUUCGAAAAAAAAAAGAAUAAACGAACUUAGAGGAUUAUAAUUGAAAAAUUAAAACUUAAGUAAGAAGAAUUUAGGAUAGGGAGACAAAGGACGUGAACAAAGAAGUAGUUGUCUUGGACUACAACAUAAGACAUAACAUGAUACAUCUGCUAUGAAAUAAAACGAUUUACAACAGUCACUCACUUGAGACACAUGUUAAUGUUAAAAGGUCAUCACGAUACCAUAUAUAGGAUUAAUUCGUGAAGGUUUGGUUUAGAAAUCUUAAAUAGGAUUGAAACCGGAAUACUGAUACUAGCUUGGUGUCUGACCAAAAUAAUAAUAUUAUGUUUUAGCUUUUUUGGGUGUUAAAUACAUUUCUAGCAUUUAUACAUGAUGUUACAUUUGGUUGAUGUGAUGCUAGGUUAACACUAACAUAAUUAGUUUUAUAAAAGGUUUAAUUAUGGCAAAAUACACAUAUGUUAGCGCUGCUUGCUGUUCUACUUUGCCAAACAACUAACGUAACAUGUUUGAAUUAAAACGAUUUUCUAUAGUCACGGCAUACAUGUAUUAAGAUUAAAGCUCUUCACAAGACCAUAUAGAAUUAAUUCGUUUCUAAAAAAAUUAAUUUGUGAUAGUGCAAAAUUUAUUACUAUUCAAGAUUCAAAUUCUUAUGAAACCUAUUCCUAUGGAGCAAAAGAGGGAAGUGCAAAAUACGGGGCGGGAAGAACGGGAGAAGACAAUCAAAGAAGGAAAGGCAAGGAGCCAUUGCAGGGGAGCGAGAAAUGGAAGAAACAUUCCUAAACGCAAUGUGAUGGCGCCAUGUGGAAGUAUGGCCAUUCUCAUUUCUCGUCCCCAACUGAAUCUACAAAAAUGGCGGCGAGUACAUAUAAGACACAGCUCACUCCCUAAUCCCUAUCUCUGUUUGAAAGCAAGCAGUUGCUUGAUUCCUUGUUGGAACACUCAUACACAGAGCUUACCUCUCUCUGUUUCCGUUUGUUCCGCCGGCGAAUUAGUAAAAACCUGAAAAUGGCAACAACGGUGAGCCACUCAACAUUCACGGCCAGCCCUCGCCAGGUACCUGUCAGCUCCGGGCGGGAAAACACUCGCAGGAAUUCCAUCUCCUUCUGUGACUCCGUCACCCGACUGAACCUGAACAGAUUUAACGUUAUGAAACUGAGAUCCAACGCCGCCGGCAGAACUUCCCGCAAAUGCCGGCUCAUUUCUCCCACCAGCGCCGCUUCCGCAGCCAGGCCGCUGUCUGUCCGAUGCGAGGAGGAGGGCAGUGGCGGAAUGAGAUUGGUGUUCGUCGGAGCAGAGGUCGCUCCCUGGAGCAAAACCGGCGGGCUCGGCGACGUCCUUGGCGGCCUCCCGCCGGCCAUGGCUGCGAAGGGGCACCGUGUGAUGACGAUCUCGCCGCGAUACGACCAGUACAAGGACGCCUGGGAUACAGGUGUGGAAGUGCAGGUGAAGGUUUUGGACACUGUGGAGACAGUUCGGUUCUUCCACUGCUACAACAAACGAGGCGUCGAUCGGGUUUUCGUCGACCAUCCCCUGUUUCUAGCCAGGGUAUGGGGGAAAACUGGUCCCCAAAUCUAUGGACCUCGAGCUGGAAUCGACUACGACGACAACCAGCUUCGGUUCAGCUUGUUCUGCCAGGCAGCUCUCGAAGCGCCGAGGCUGUUGAAUCUCGAGGGCAAUGAAUCCUUCUCUGGACCAUACGGGGAGGAUGUGAUCUUCGUCGCGAACGAUUGGCACACUGCUCUGCUCCCUUGCUACAUGAAAACAAUGUACCAAUCACAAGGUCAUUACAGUAAUGCCAAGGUCGCAUUCUGCAUUCACAACAUUGCGUACCAAGGCAGAUUCCCCUUCUCCGAUUUCUCCGUGCUCAAUCUCCCCAGCCAGUUUAAGGGAUCCUUCGAUUUCACUGAUGGUUAUGACAAACCAGUGAUUGGAAGGAAGAUCAACUGGAUGAAGGCAGGGAUCAUAGAAUCGGACACUGUGGUUACAGUGAGCCCUUACUACGCCGAGGAGCUGGCUUCUGGUGAAGACAAAGGCGUCGAGCUCGAUAGCAUCAUUCGGGCUAAGGGUAUCAUUGGCAUUGUCAAUGGAAUGGACGUUCAGGAGUGGAACCCUUCUACUGACAAGUACAUCGAUUUCAAAUACGAUUCGACCACAGUGAUGGAUGCAAAGCCAUUGCUGAAGGAAGCAUUGCAAGCCGAGGCAGGAUUGCCAGUGGACAAGAACAUCCCUGUGAUUGGGUUCAUUGGGAGGCUGGAAGAGCAGAAAGGUUCAGACAUUCUUGUGGAAGCCAUCCCACAUUUCAUUGACAAGAACAAUGUCCAGAUUAUUAUCCUUGGAACUGGAAAGAAAGAGAUGGAGCGACAGAUCAUGAAGCUCGAGGCGUCGUAUCCAGACAAGGCUCGUGGGAUCGCCAAGUUCAGCCCUAGCCUAGCCCAUCUGAUCAUAGCAGGUGCCGAUUUCAUGUUGAUACCGAGUAGGUUCGAACCGUGUGGUCUGAUCCAGCUGCACGCUAUGCGCUAUGGCACGGUGCCAAUAUGUGCCUCUACAGGCGGCCUUGUUAACACGGUGAGAGACGGUCGCACGGGCUUCCAUAUGGGAGAUUUCAGUGUUGAGUGUGAUGAAGUUGAUCCAGUGGAUGUGAGCACGGUGACUAGAGGCGUCGAGAAGGCAGUUGCAACUUAUGGGACUCCUGCACUCGCUGAAAUGAUCCAGAACUGCAUGGCUCAAGAUCUCUCAUGGAAGGGGCCAGCAAAGAAGUGGGAGGAAUUGUUGAGGAGCCUCGGCGUUGCUGGGAAUACCGAGCCGGGAUUUGAUGGAGAUGAGAUUGCACCUCUUGCCAAGCACAAUAUCGCCAUGCCGUGAUCCGAUCUACUCAGUAGAGUUAAAUCUUAGUAUAGAGUGCAUCAAGGUUUUUGUUAGUUUUAUGCAGAACUUAGAAGAGUAAUAGUGAGUGUUUUUUUUUUUUUGGUUCUUCCGUUGCCUAUGAGGAUUUAACAUAUGUUCUUGUCAACCGUUUGAGUAACCGAGAAUUGUUAGCUAGAUCUAGGUUCAUGUUACUAUCUUGUCCUCUUGGAAAUUAGACUUUUUUUCAAACGAAACACCAAAAUAGUGUUUUACACCUAGAUAUCUAAUUACAUGCUACACCUCGACAUACUUCAUCCUCUUGAAAAAUACACUUUCUUUCAAGCA